AUGGGCCCCUAUACCGCCUCCUCAUGCUGCUGCCAGGCCUGUAAUCUGCCAUGGGCCCCCGUACCGCCUGGUCACGCUGCUGCUGGGUCCACAGUGUGACAUGGGUCCCUGUACCGCCUCCCAUUGCUCCCACACUCUGCCAUGUGCCACUUUGAGGUCUCCUCACACUCCUGCUGUUUUCCAUUUUGUCAUAGGUUGCUGGCAGAUUACAGGCCUCCCAUAGGUGCUGCCAGGCCCCAAAUCUGCCAUGGGCCCCCGUACCGCCUCGUCACGCUGCUGCUGGGUCCACAGUGUGACAUGGGUCCCUGUACCGCCUCCCAUUGCUCCCACUCUGCCAUGUGCCACUUUGAGGUCUCCUCACACUCCUGCUGGUUUCCAUUUUGUCAUAGGUUGCUGUAUGGCCUCCCAUUGCUGCUGCCUCCACCGCCA